AUGUCCAGCAGCUGGCUUUUCACCGUCGCUGUAAGCGUCACGCUGGUGUCGUCGGCACUGUCUCAGUGCGUGACGUACGGCUACUGCGGCAAAGACGAGGACUCCGGCAAGCCGCUGCCAUGUGCGGUCAAGCGUGAUCCGGUCCCCAUCGAGAGUAGCAUCCUCAAGGACGCGUGUCCCGCGCUGAUCGAUUCUUCCGGCAAGUCGGUGCCCGCCUGCUGCGACGCGAAGCAGGCGGCGGCGUUCAAGUCUGAGUUGAAGAGCCUCGUAAAACUCGGCGUUAAGAAGACAGGCCCGUGCUUCCGCAACUUCCAAAACCUCGUCUGCCAGGCGUUCUGCUCGCCCAAGCAGUCCGAAUUCGUCGCCAUCAAUGGCACCAGCAGCGAGGGAAGCGGCCAACUCUCGGCCACGGAAUCGGUCUACGCCGUGCACAAGAAGUUCGCCGAAAAAGUGUACGAUUCCUGCAAGGGCGUCCGCACCUACGUCUUCUGGACCAAGCUGAUGUCGUACAUGUGCGGGAAGCACGGCGCCCGUGGCUGCUCGGCCCAGCGCUUCCUCGACUUCGUGGGCUCCACCUCCUCGGAGGGCGGCUACUCGCCCCUCAAGAUCCGCCACGUUCUCACCGAGGGCCCGAUUAUGGUAGCCGGCCAGAAACUGGAGCCUUUCAACCCCAAGUUUCUCUGA